AUGUUGAUGAAGACCGUGUUCUGGGGGCUCCUACUAUUCAUGCUCGUGGCGACAACAAUGGCGGUCGAGUACGGUGCAAGGAGUCAUAACAGUGGUCCUUGGAGUUGGUGCGAUCCGGCCACGGGCUACAAGGUGAGCGCGCUCACGGGCUGCCGGGCAAUGGUGAAGCUCCAGUGUGUGGGCAGUCAGGUGCCCGAGGCUGUCCUAAGAGAUUGCUGCCAGCAGCUCGCCGACAUCAACAACGAGUGGUGCAGGUGCGGGGACCUCAGCAGCAUGUUGCGCAGUGUGUAUCAGGAACUCGGCGUGCGUGAGGGAAAGGAGGUGCUCCCAGGUUGUCGAAAGGAGGUGAUGAAGCUCACGGCGGCGAGCGUGCCUGAGGUCUGCAAGGUGCCCAUUCCCAACCCGUCGGGAGACGGAGCAGGUGUCUGCUACUGGGCGGCGUAUCCGGACGUCUAG